GUGACCCAAAGCAAUUCAUUGACAACAUGGCAACAUUAAGGAGCCUCUUUCCUCUAGUUCUUUUCAUUUUAUCAUGUCUGGCAGAAAAGGACAUGGGACAACUUAAAGAUAGUAAAACAAGUUGUGGGGGUUCCCUUGUCGCUUCCAGUGGAUCAUUUACAAGUCCAAACUAUCCAGGAUACUACCCCAAUCUUCUAAAUUGCAUCUGGGAAAUAGAAGUAGACAAUGAUUUCCAAAUCACUCUGGUCUUUGAUGAUCUGCAAUUGGAAUUUGAAGAUUCAUGUAUUUAUGACUACAUUGAGAUUUUUGAUGGUUCAUUGUAUGCUUCUUCAUUUGGAAGAUUCUGUAAAGGUCCCAUUAGGACACUGAUAUCAAACUCCAACCGAAUAACAAUUUUAUUUAAAACUGAUGGCAGUAUCACCAAUAGAGGAUUUUCUGCUUCUUAUACUAAGAGUCCCAAAGAAAUUUCCACUCCAUUCCCUCCCUUUACUACUACUCCCUUCACUACACCAGAAUUCAACACAGCUGAUCCUCCAUUUGAAAUUUCCACUCCAUUCCCUCCCUUUACUACUACUCCCUUCACUACACCAGUAUGCAAUACACUUCCUCCUACAUAUGAUCCCUCUAUGGAUUGUGGAGGUUUUCUGUUUGAUCCUGAAGGCUCACUGUCCAGUCCGUUCUACCCCGGACAGUAUCCAAAUAAUGCCCACUGUGUGUGGCAAAUAGAAGUGGACCCAGAUUCACUCAUAAACCUUAUCUUUGAUGAUGUGGAGCUAGAAGGCUGCCAUUUCGAUUAUAUUGACAUCAUAGAUGGAUCACCAAAUGGUUCUUUGAUGGAAAGAAUUUGUGCUGGUUCCCAACACACAAUUGCAUCACUUACAAACAAGAUGACAGUUAUAUUUACAAGUGAUCACAGUAUUCAAAAACGAGGAUUUCGGGCUCGGUAUGAAACUUUUCCCAGAGCUGGUAUUUUGAGACUGGUAGCUUCCUCUAAUAGAUGUGAAGGUCGUGUGGAGAUUUACCACGAUGGACAGUGGGGGACAGUUUGUGAUGAUGACUGGGACCUGCAAGAUGCCCAAGUAGUAUGCAGACAACUUGGCUGUGGAACAGCUAUUUCUGCCCCAGGAAAUGCCUAUUUUGGCCAAGGAACUGGACCCAUUUCCCUAGAUGAUGUCCAAUGUGUGGGGAAUGAAUAUCAACUCACUGACUGUUUUCACAGAAACUGGUUCUCCCAUAAUUGUGGUCACUAUGAAGAUGCCAGUGUCAUCUGUUCCAAUAUCAAACAAUAACUUUUCAAGCCACAAUUCCCUCCCCCUCCCUGAAAAAAAAAAUAUUAAGUAAAGUUAGUUUCUAAAGAAAUGGUGCUGUUGUUUUUGUCCUCAACACUGAAAGGCUUAGAAGCUAACAUGAUCUAAAUGCUUUAGAAACUUGAGCUUGUUGCAGCUCCUUUACCCACACCUUUCUUCCAUUAGCAAGUUCCAUCACUUUGAUAUUGUAGGCUCUCCUUGGGUUUC